AUUGUUGUCAUCAAAAUCACAUUCUGGUUAUUUCUGCUGGUCAUUAUUAUCAUCCUCUUGGAGUCAUCAUUAUCAACUUUUCUUUUCUCUUCAUCAUUCAUCAUCAUUAGCUUGGCCUCUUCUCAUCAUCACCAUCUUUUCCUUCUCUUCAUCAUCAAUAUCAUCAUCUUCCUUUUCAUCAUUACCAUUAUCUUUUUUCUUCUUCCCUUUAUCAUCCUCAUUACAUUUUCCUGUUCAUCACCAUUAAGAACUGUCACUAUAAAUGCUAAGCUUUCUUCGCCUUUUGACAGAACACGGUGUACAAUGAUCUGGGAGGUGGAGUCUUAGCAAACGCCUGGGCUUGUUAUAACUCCACACUGUUCGCUUAUGGGCAGACAGGCUCGGGAAAAUCUUGGUCUGUCAUUGGAUAUGGAUCCAAUAAAGGAAUCGUGCCAUUGUUCUGUAACGAUUUAUUUAAUGGCAUCACACAAAACACAGAGGAGAAGGAGUUUGAAGUGAGGUUCAGCAUGUUGGAGAUCUACAAUGAGGUAGUUCAUGACCUGCUCAACCCCACCAAGAGCAAGAAAGGCCUCAAGGUCCGCCAACACCCGAAGAAAGGCUUCUAUGCUGAAGGCCUCAAGCUGGCUCUGGUCACCAACUACAACGAAAUUGAGCAGAAGAUGAACGAGGGCACCGUCAACCGCACCAUCGCCUCCACCAACAUGAACGCCACCUCAUCCCGCGCCCACACCAUCGUUGGCAUCACCGUCAUACAGAAAUUCAAAACAAUGCUGGACAAGAAACAGCAAAGCAGGCCGUUGUGA